UUGCCUUUACAAGCUUCCUUCCACACCAGGGAAUCUGAAAAAAUGGGAUUUUUACAUCUCUCCAGCCAGCACUGAAAACGAAUGGGGAUUGAAUUGCUUUGCCUCUUUUUCCUAUUUCUUCAAAGAAAUAAUGAUGUGCAAGGGACCUGUUCUCAGGAAAGUGGAGUGACUUGUGAAGAUUGUUUGCUUUCCGGACCACACUGUGCUUGGUGUUUCCAAGAGAAUUACACAGACUCAGCUGGAAUUCAUGGGAGGUGUGAUACCCCAGAAAACCUUUUGUCAAAAGGAUGCCAGUUGAAUUUGAUUGAAUUUCCCGUUUCAGAAGUGGAAAUUCACAGAAACAAGCCUCUAACUACUGCAACCCAGAAGGACAAUUCUGAUGUCACACAGAUUUCUCCCCAGAAAUUAACACUCAGGCUGCGACCAGGACACGAAGAAACAAUUCAGAUCAAGGUUCGGCAAAGUGAAGAUUAUCCAAUUGAUCUCUAUUACCUCAUGGAUCUGUCAGCUUCCAUGGAUGAUGACCUGAAUACAAUAAAAGAAUUAGGCUCCACACUUUCCAAAGAAAUGUCAAAACUGACAAGCAACUUCAGACUGGGUUUUGGAUCUUUUGUUGAAAAACCAGUUUCACCAUUUAUCAAAACUACAGCUGAAGAAAUAAACAACCCUUGCAGAAGCGUACCAUACGAGUGCUUGCCCACCUUCGGAUACAAGCAUGUUUUGUCACUGACAAAUGAUGCUGAAAGGUUCAAUGAAAUUGUGAAAGGACAGCGAAUCUCUGCUAACAUAGAUACUCCAGAGGGAGGAUUUGAUGCAAUUAUGCAGGCAGCUGUUUGCAAGGAAAAAAUUGGAUGGAGGAAUGACUCUCUGCAUUUGCUGGUGUUUGUGAGUGAUGCUGAUUCCCACUUUGGGAUGGACAGUAAGCUGGCAGGAAUCGUUAUUCCUAAUGAUGGGAACUGUCAUUUGGACCACAAUAAUGAAUAUUCCAUGUCAACUAUUCUGGAGUAUCCCACAAUUGGGCAAUUAAUUGACAAACUUGUGCAAAACAAUGUUUUGGUAAUUUUUGCUGUCACGAACGAACAAGUUCACACAUAUGAGAACUAUGCAAAGCUUAUUCCUGGAGCUACUGUUGGUCGACUUCAGAAGGAUUCUGGAAAUAUUCUCCAGCUGAUCAUUGCUGCGUAUCAGGAGCUGAGGUCCGAAGUAGAGCUGGAGGUCUUUGGGGACACAGAAGGACUCGAUCUCUCUUUCACUGCCAUCUGUAACAAUGGGACCUUUUUUCCACAUCAGAGGAAAUGCUCUCAUGUGAAAGUGGGAGAUACAGUAUCUUUCAAUGUGACCAUAAGUCUGCCCACUUGUGAUAAAGCCACCAGGAACAUUGUGAUAAAACCAGUGGGCCUCAGUGACAUGCUGGAAAUGGAAAUCCUUCCCCAGUGCAGCUGCAGCUGCCAGGACAAGACUGAGAGGAACAGCUCGAAAUGCAACAAGGGGAACGGCUCUUUUGAGUGCGGAGUGUGUGUCUGCCACCCUGGGUACAUGGGUCCACACUGCGAGUGUGAUGAGAAUGCCCUCAGCACAGGAUCCUGCAAGGGCUCCGUGGAGCAGAGCUCCUGCAGUGGGAGAGGCAGCUGCUAUUGCGGGCAGUGCGUUUGCCACCCAUCCAUGUAUGGAAGAGUUUAUGGGGCACACUGUGAGUGUGAUGACUUCUCAUGUGUGAGACACAGAGGGCUUCAGUGUGGAGGCAAUGGAGACUGUGACUGUGGUGAAUGCGUGUGCCACAGUGGAUGGACUGGUGAAUACUGUAAUUGCACAACUGAUACCAGCUCCUGCAUUUCUGAGGAUGGAACGUUGUGCAGUGGGAGAGGCGAGUGCAUCUGUGGGUCGUGUGUAUGCAUACAUCCAGGGGCUUCAGGCCAAACAUGUGAAAAAUGCCCUCUGUGUGGUGACCCUUGCAGUUCCAGACGGAGCUGUGUGGAAUGUCAUUUGGCUUCCGAUGACAAGCUGCAGGGAGAAUGCAGUGAAAAAUGCAAAUCAGUUGAUGCAACUGUCAGCACUGCAGAGGAUUUUUCAGAGGAUAAAUCCAUUCCUUGCUCUCUGCAGGGAGAAAACGAAUGUAUAACCACUUUUCUUCUGGCCGUGGAUGAACAGGGCAGGACAGUCAUUCAUGGCAUAAAGCAAAAAGACUGCCCACAGCCUCCAAAUAUUGCAAUGAUAAUGGUGGGUGUCACCCUUGCUAUCCUUCUGAUUGGCAUUGUGUUACUUUGUAUAUGGAAACUGCUGGUGUCAGUUCAAGACCGAAAAGAAGUGGCCAAGUUUGAAGCAGAAAAAUCAAAAGUUAAAUGGCAAACGGAAACCAACCCACUGUACAGAGGUUCAACAAGCACUUUCAAAAAUGUGACUUACAAGAACCAAGAAAAGCAAAAAGGGACCAUGGCUGCAGAUUUCUAUUAGCACUUUGAACCCUACAAACUUAGUUUUACUGUCAGGAAAUCUAAAAACACUAAUUUUUGUCUCUUCUCAGUUGAUUGUGCUCUUUGUUUGCACACUGCAGUAGUAUAAUCAUUCUGUUAGAGAAAAUAUAUCUUGUGGUGGGAGAACUAUGGCUAAUAAUAGUAGCAAAGGUUAAUAGAAAUAUAUUUAAAAAAACAAAACAAACCAACUUUAAUAUUAAACCACCUCCAUUUCAGAAAAUGGUAUCACCUAAUAUUUUUAAUUAGAUCAUUGAUACUGAGCUGUAUGCGACUUUCUUCAUCCACUGAAUCUGAUAUGUUUAUGUUUAGGAAUGUAUUUAUACCAGCCUGUUUGGUGGGCUGGCUUAAAUUUUAAUAAGCUAAAUUUUUCAUAAGUGCUUCUUAAACUACGGAUGUCAGUGGUUUCUCAUAUCAACCAUAUAACUCAACAGGUUUUCAUCAGAAACAAAUGAUGUAUGUUAUGGCAUAUCUUCCAUGUGUCUAAAGUACAUAGAAAUACUCCUCUCCAAUUCUUCCUUCUUUUCCUACUUCCCUUUUUCCUUGGCCUUGAAUUGGUUGCUGUUUGAUGUGGUUUAAGAAUCAAGCCCCUGAGGUUAUCUCAGGGCAAGCUAAAUCAAGCCCUAAUUCACUCACAUAAUCAUUUUCUGUCUGGGUAUGAAAGCUUUUUUCCCCUCUUUCCUUUAAAUUUCAGUAGAGAGGCUUAAGAGCAAAAGAGAAAUAUUUGCAGAUUACAGACCGCAAUAGAGAAAUUUCAGGUCUGAGGAUUUUUACCAUUCAUAUCCUGUUUAGGCAUUCAAAACAAACUUCUCAUGCUGGACCAUUACACAAACUCCUGCAUGAGCUCUUUACAUGCAUGGAAAGCUGUGCAAAGGCUUAGUAUCACACACGCAAACAGUAGUUUUUUGUUGAGAAACCCUUAACUGGGAGGUCCUUUCCAUGCCCAGCAGCCAAACCAUGUGUUGAUCCGUGAAAUAAUAUAUACUCAACUAUUCAGGAUUUUUUUUUUAAUUUCAAACUAAGCAAUAAAUAGAUCAGUGAAUUCUACUUUAUAUUAAUUUCUGUGCCACUACUGAGGACUUUAAAAUCUCACUUUUAACUCAGUACUAAUGACUCGCCAUAACUUCUUAAACUGUAAUGCUGAUAUCUUGACAUCAUUAAGAAAAGAAGCCUCAACAAUAUCAGCUAACCCAGUGGAUUAAAAAGUUACGGUACUGGGCUAUUUUAGGCUAACAAUAGUGUAGUUUACUUUUUAAUAUCACUUUUUUAAUACUCUGGAUUAGAUGGUCAAAAUGUAUGUACUUACAAGAGAAUACUUAGAAAACAAAGAUACACUGGCACAGUCACAGACGGUUAUUUACAUUCCCUGUGGUAAAUUAUGCAUUUGAUCUAAAAACUUGUUCAUUUUGUGAUGAAUAUUUACAAAGUCUGUGCAGCUUCAGUCUCUGUAUCAUCCACAACCACUGGAUGUGCAACUGAUACUAUCAUGCCUGUUUUAGGGCCUGAUCCAAAGCCUAUUGGAGUCAGUGGCUACAGAUGAGGAUCUAGUUUCAGUGAAACUAUUAGUUUUGGUUUACAAUGAUUGUUUUGUUUAAACAAACUGGUUAAUACUGUCUAUUAGUGGAUUAGAACCUAUAGUAUAUAUUUCUGUGCAAAGAGAUAUAAACAAUAUCUGACACCUUUGGGAAGAAGGUGCUGUGAUGAGCACAUAAGAAAUACAAAAUGAUUGCAGUGUGAAGGGAGUGAUGGCUGUCAUUAAACUGGAACAGAUUAAUUAGAGACUUCACCUUUAUUCUUCAGUACUCUUGUGUAUCUCAAAAAGAACAUGUCCAUAGAUGAAUUUUCCCUUGUUUUCUCCUUAUUACCUCUGUUUUCUCUUGCUUUCUCCUUUUUCCAACCACGAAACUGCCACAGAUAUUUGUACAAGUUACUAAAUCCUGCUUCCCUGGUACACGGACAAACCCCUGGUGGCAAAGCUGGCCCCUGGACUGUCUCAGAUUUCACUUGAGCCAGGAUUGCCCAAAGGAGUAGGGAAAACCAGAUUUAGCCCAUGUGAAUAAUCUGUUACUCUUCUGUCUUUCAAGUAAAGACAUUGCAAGUCAAUUUUUUUUUAUUUAUUUUUUUUUUCUGAAAGAAACUGACUUCUUUUUUGGUUCGUUUUGGUUUUUUUGUUUGUUUGAUUGUUUUGUUUUGUUUUGUUUACUUUUUAAAGUAUAACCAGAUCUUCACUGUUUGUUGAAUAUCUUUCAAGUUCUGUUUCUGAGAAAGCUCAUUCUGCAGCUCAGUAUGAGUGCUGAAAGCUCUUCUUCUGUAGGUCACCUAUUUCAACACAGAACUACGUUUCCAUAUUCAAACAUUGUUAUCAAAGUAGCGUUCACAUUUCACAUGAAAUGCUUGUUGGUCUGCAUUCUGUGUUCUGUAAGAGAUUUCUUUAAACUCUGCAGGCUGUUGCCAUUGCUUACAUCUUCUGAUCACCAGCAAAGAUUCAGUUUGGGAGGGAGACAAUAUUUACACUCCAGUUAAACCUCCUAGCAAUCUCCCUCAAACUAUCAGAGAUGUACAGAAAUUGGGUAGCAUGUUCUGCAGUUUCCCUGCUGUGACCAAGAGUACUACAAAUAUGCUGUGCCACCUUCAAAACUGUCAGGAAGAAAAUAACCUCAAUAAUUAAGCAUUCAUUAGUAGAGAAUAAAUAGAAGGGCUUGGUGAGAAAGCCCUCUGCAAUUGAUGGAUGAACCAAGCUUAGAACAGCAUUAAUUUAGAUCAUAAAAAACCAACCCACCCAAAACAAAAAAAACCCACAAAAAUAACAGAUCUCAAUUCAUAAUUGGUGUUCACUGUAGAAAUAUAGUGGUGCUCAUGACUUCUUAUUAAUUAUAUUACUUUCAUCGUGUAGUAUUUGUAUAGAAGUUCACCUUUCUUUUUUCCUUUUUAACUCCACCAAAUUAUGAGCGGGUUUGUGUGUGGUGAGUGGGAUGAAAACGUCUUUCUGCUGUUUUUACAAAUGCUGUUUUGACCUGGGGCUGGACCUUGAGAGUGGCCAAAACAUUUUUAAUAGGAGUUUUAUUAACUAAAGACUUAAACUUAAUAAUAAAAAUCAUUAGCAAUUUUAUGGUAUUUGUGUAUCUUUCAUAUCUUGUAGAAUGGUAUUUUCAGUAACAUGUAUUAAAUUGAUGAUUUUUAAUUUGAUUUAUAUGUUAAUCUCUAUUGUACGUGCCCAGACUGCAUUUAACCUUCGUCUAUAAUUACAGCCAGUGGGUAAUGAGCCUGGGAUACAAGCAUGAGGUGUUACAAUGCAGUACUCGUUGUGUUGUCCACCAUCAUGCAGAAGUCCAGGUAUCUUUUGCAGUGGCCAUAAGGAAGUUACUGUCUGACAAAACUUAACACACACAGGCUUGAAGUAAAAAGGAGAUAAUUCUUAUCCUGGUCUCUUUGCAAAAAAUGGGUAAAUACCUCAACUUUCUGUAAAAGAAGGAAUAUCAAGCCUUCAAUAAAGAUUAUAAAAUUGAAUGCAUAUUUUAA